GGCAUUUUUAUCGCAUUAUCGGUUGUAUUAAAUGUAUGGAGUUUUGUAGGAACGAAAUGAUUUAAUUUAUCCGGCCGAUAACAAUUUCUGUGUGCGGUUUUUGUUUUCAAUCUCGACUUCGAGCGAUCAUAGCUGGUGUUAAAUGUCGUAAUUGUUGCAGUUGCAGUCAGCGUAUUUGCCGUGGGUGGAUUUGUUGUUUAUGUGGGUGGAAAUUCAGCUGGCAAGGGUGAAAUUGUUGCAUUUUCGAGGAAGAUGGCUGAUGCAUUAGCUUUGAAAUGGAUUAGUACCUGCAUUGCAACACAAACAUAAAUAGAAUUCAAUGAGGGAUGACAUCUGUAUGAAAAUAUAUCAAUGAAGAGCGAAACUUGUGCUCAAUGGGCUUUUUAAAACUAAAAAACUACUUUUAUUCAAGGCCACCAGGAAGAAAAAAGUAGUAUUAGAAAUUUAAUAAGAUGUAUUCGAAUCGAAAGUCGUUCGCCAUAAAAUUAGUAGCCGUAACAUGCGUGGUGUACUUAUUCAUCCACGUGUUCACCAAUACCGCCGUACCUGUUAUAAGAGAAAUGCAGGAAUCCGGAAGGAGUCUCGCCGCUUUGGAGAAUUUAGAUAUUCCAAUAGCGGACGCUGAUAAUUUCAAACAGAUUCCCACCGGAACGGAGGCUCCGCCACAGCCACAUCCACAGAACAAUAACGAAGACAAAGCGGAAAGUUCUGAUAGUUCUACAACUAGCCACAUAGAUACCGUUCGGACUGAAGUGCUAAAUAAUAUAAAAUGUACAGACAAAGCUCUCGAAUCAAGAAUACAGCAGCGUGGGGAUUAUUGGGUUCUGUACAAUUACAUCAAAGCUCUGAAAACGUUUAGGUGUCACGAAAGUAUAACUUAUACUACACACGCUGAUUAUUCCUUCAUGGAUAACCUGGUGCCAUUAUUGGAGCGAUGGCGAGGGCCUAUUAGCAUAGCCGUGCAUGCCCCAGGAACUGAUUUCCAAAACACCAUGGAUUCUAUAGCUUACUUAAGAGAUUGCUCUAGUCCACUAGUAAGGGAACUGGUCACUUUCCACAUCUAUUUUAGCACCAAACACGUACCGAACGAGGUACCUAAGCCCGACAAAGUGUUCGCAGAGCCGUACAAUUGCUCUCUGACGCCUCCGUUCAUGAACGUCUCCAGUGAGAACAUGUACAAAUCCCAGAAAAAGUUGCUGUAUCCAGUAAACGUGGGCCGCAACGUAGCUCGCGAAACGGCCCAAACGCACUUCUUCCUCGCCUCCGACAUCGAGCUUUAUCCUAGUCCUAACCUGAUCGAAAAGUUCCUAAAGAUGAUUGCUGAUAACACCGAUCCGGCGCUCAGCAAAGAUCCUAAAGUUUUUCCUAUACACAUCUUCGAAGUCGGUGCCAACCAGCAGGUGCCCGAGAACAAGACCACUCUGCUGGAUAUGCUGUCGAAGGGCACCGCCAUACCGUUCCACAAGAAGCUGUGCCCCGGCUGCCAUACCGUUCCCAAGAGCAAAGAAUGGCAGACGGCCAAAGAGACGAAAGGGCUGCACGUUUUUCACGUGGGGAAAAGGACCGGAAGGUUCAUUCACUGGGAGCCCAUCUUCAUCGGCACGGCCCGCGACCCGCUCUACGACGAAAGGCUCAGCUGGGAGGGUAAAAUGGACAAAAUGCCCCAGGGUUACGCUUUGUGCGUCUUAGACUACAAUUUCUUGAUAUUAGACAACGCUUUCUUGGUGCACAAGCCGGGCAUAAAGAUAUACAAAAAGGAUCCCAGGAGAGCCAUGCUGGCCAGCAAGACUCACCAGCUCAUCAGCAAGAUCAUUUUCCCGGAGUUGAAAGUCUUGUACGGGACGAGAAAAGGCUGUGCAGUGUAAAUGCGACGAAAAUAUUCGGCGAGAAAUUGCGUAUGAUUUUUUUUUUGAUAAUUCGUCGGACUGUUUGAACAAUUCAUAAUCUAUUUACUACAUAUGAAAUUUCAGUGGCGUGAACUGAUUUCUUUAUUGAAUUACGAAGAGAACGAAACUAUUUUUAAUACAACGGGGUUAGAAAACUACGAUUAUGCUACUGAAAUUGUUUGUAUGCUAUUGUGAUAUUCUGAUUAUUUUACUCUUCAUAUCAGAAUCUAUAAGAACACGCUCUAGCUUUAUUGUGUAUUACUAAAUAUCAGUGUAAAUUUCAUAAAUACAUAGCGUAGGAAUAA